AUGGUGCCAUUGCAGGUCGAAAAACAGUUUUUAUACAAAUAUGCAGUCGAUAUUGACACAGCGAUAACGCGUCACACGUUCACGUGUAUGCGUAAUGCGGGAUAUACGACUGCGUUUGUUCGCAUCUAUCAACCGCAUGGCAACGGCAUUGUCGAUAUCCAUGCACUGAGCAAUCUUGAAAACGCUCACAAUGCUGGUCUCGGAGUAGAGGUUUUCGUGGUACCUCAACCGCAAGGAACAAAAAGUGGGAGUGUACAGUUUGACGAAGCGUAUAAUUUCAUGAAGAACAACGAUAUCACUGUCAACACAAUGUGGAUUCAGAUAACUUCACCGAUUAAUUGGCCCAAUAACCAGCAAGCAAAUAUAGCUUUCAUACAAGAUUUUAUGAUUCGUGCUAAGCAAUAUCGGGUUAACGUUGGUCUUUACACAAAUUGGUAUGAUUGGCAACAGAUAACAGCUAAUUGGUCGAAAUGUUCCUUACAGCAACUUCUUCUUUGGUACUGGAAUGUAUAUGGCCAAGGUCCAUCAGCGAUAAACGCGUCCAACUUCGAAGACUUCCGUCCGUUCGCUGGUUUCACCACUCCAGCUGUAAAACAAUACUCACAGGGAGUGAGCGUUUGCGGUGCUUAUGUUAAUCAGAAUGUUUAUUCUGCUGUUGCAUCACAAAGCACAACUUCAUCUACCGUCAACAAAACAAUAAUCGUUGGAACCAUUGUUGGAUCGCUUAAUUAA